UCCGCCCGGCUCCCGCCGCCCGCCGCCCGGCGCCAUGUCGGCGCUGGAGUGGUUCGCGCACAAGCCCCUGGGCGGCGGCAUCUUCUGGAUCCAGGAGCGCUUCUACGAGUCGGGCAACCGGGCCAACAUCUGGCUGGUGCGGGGCUCGCAGCGCGACGUGGUGAUCGACGCCGGGCUGGGGCUGCGCAGCCUGCCCGACUACCUGCGCGCCGCCGGGCUGCUGGAGGGCGACGGCCCGCGGCCGCUGCUGGCCGUGGCCACCCACGUCCACUUCGACCACUCGGGCGGGCUGCGGCACUUCGAGGAGGUGGCGGUGCACAGCGCCGAGGCGGCCGCCCUGCUCCGCGGCGACAACUACGAGGCCGUCACCUGGCUGUCGGACCGCGAGGUGGCGCGGCCGCCGCGGCCCGGCUGGCGGGCCAGGCAGUUCCGCGUCCCCCCCGUGCGGCCCAGCCGGCUGCUGCAGGACGGGGAUGUGAUCAGCCUUGGAGACCGACAGCUCACCGUCAUGCACAUGCCUGGCCAUUCCAGGGGAAGUAUUUGCUUACAUGACCGAGAACACAAGAUUUUGUUCAGCGGAGACGUCGUGUACGAUGGAUCCAUGAUUGACUGGCUUCCCUACAGCAGAGUAAGUGACUACGUUGCAAGCUGCCAGCGCCUGAUGGAGCUGGUGGACAGAGGUCUGGUGGAGAAGGUACUGCCUGGGCACUUCAACAUAUUCGGAGCAGAAAGGUUGUAUCGCCUAGCUUCCAACUACAUCUCCCAAGCUGGAUUUUGUCACAAAGUGUCUACUUGUGCCAUGAGAUCCAUUGCAAGCAUAGCACUUCGUGUCACAAAUUCCAGAGGCACUUCUUCCUGAAUGUGCAUUUUGUGUGGUCUGUCCCCUUGUGGAAAAACCAAAUGACGUGUGAAAAUGUUGGUGCAAGCAGAAUGCAGUAUGCACUAGGAAAGAGCUGGCAAAAUGAUGUGGAUGAGCUGUAAAAAUUCUCAUUUUUGCCGACUCUGUUCCUGUUUUUACGGAAAAAUGCAUAAGCUAGUAGCUUAGCCAAAGCUGCCAUUUUUCUUUCUAUUUUUUCAGGGCAUGUUUGCACACAUAUUGUGAUUGAAAUAUAUCGUUUUAUUUUUGAUAUGAUUCUAACAGAUACAUAUAUGCCAAAAUGAGAGGUUUUACAUCCAUGCCUAAAACUUCUUUGAUGUAGCACUAGGAUUGUGGCUGCUCACUCAUAUCCUGCUCAGGUUUUGGCCUAGCACAGCUCAUGCUGACGCCUCAUUUAUGCUGGGAGUAGCACCUUAAUGAGAGCAAAUACCAAGGCAGGAUUCAGUGGGCAGAGAGAGAUAAGGACUUUGGUGUAGCCAUUUUCACCUACAGCUCGCUGUCCCCUGCAGCAGUCAUCUCCAGCAUCUUUGCAAAGCAGCUGCUUGGCAGUUUGUGCAGAAUCCACUGAUGUAUGGAAACGGUAUAGACCAAACUUCCAAGCUGGGUGAUGUAGAUAACACCAGCUUAACAAAGAAAAGCUUUUGGUGUGGAUCCCACAGCAGACAGACUACUACGGCUUUCAUGCUUACCAGUAGGGUGCAGGGGAUGCAUGCACCCUGAUGGAGGAGGAAGAAUAAGCACUGUCACUGCCAGGUAGGGAACUGUUUUGCUUACAGGUGUGCUAGUUAAUGAAUUAAUGAAUGCACGUGUUAUGCUACUCUGUACAACGUGGAUUGGGCCUUUGCUUGGUGUGCUGUUUUUCUUCUUUUCUGAUGAGCUCAUAAAAUAAAGUUUAAUUUACAGACUAGGGUGUUCUCUAAAUUUGAGAAGUCCAAAUGGGCUGUUGCAAACGUGAAGGUUUUAUUUGUGUUUAAGAGUAUUCUGGUGUGACUGGAUAGUGACUUGGCUGUUAGCGCUCUGUGGGAGGGGCAGGGUGGAGGCAGUAACAUCACUUUGCCCCACUGGAGGUGCUGGAUGAAACAGCUGGUACGCUUGCUUCCACACAGGGAAUGUUAUCUUAGAGCUGUUUACCGUUUGCUUAUGAAGUGUUUUGGUGCGUAUGGAAAAGCAAAGCACUUGAGUCUGUUCUAAAAAUAAGCUGAAUACAUUGAGGAAUGCUAAGUGAUAUUGUGACUUGCUUUUGAGCGUGGAAUGUGUGAUACUUAAAAGUUGUUGAAAUGGUCAAUGUUCAUGUACUUACUAUAACAGUCUGUGUACUUACCUUCUUUAAAAGGACACUGUCUGAUGUUGUUUUUAUAUAUAAGCAUAUACUUUCCUAAUAAGAUUGCAAAUGUUUUUCCCAAGUUUUAGUGGAGUUUUACCUUAUUUGUUUGGCUUUCGCUUUAUGUGGAAGCUUUGUUUUCCCCUCUCAUCAUACCCCGCAGAAAGGGAGCCCAAAGUUUGGGCUCGAAGGCAUGGGAGAGUGGAACUUAGUGGCCUUGUUAAAAGGUGUAAAUUCCAGUGAUAAAAACGGCCUUUUUGGGAAACCGGUUGCAAAAUAAAAGCGCGUUUGUCUAACAAUUAGGAAGGAGAGUAUCUUAUGUAUCCCUCCUCUACUCAUUUCACAGCUCACUGCACUCCUGUCUUUACUAUUUGAGUACAUAUUCUUCAGUGAGAGUAGUACUGAUUGGCUGUGAUGUGCCUUGUUCUUGUUAGCAGUGCCUAUCCCCUCUUGCAAGCUGCAGCAAAAUUGUAUGUAGGCAGAACAAGUGUAACAGGGUGGCACCUGGAAGACUCCCUACCACUUGGAUCAUAGUCUCUCUUCUGGAGGCAUUCAGGCAUGCUGACUUACUACAUGAGGAGUGUUUAAUCAGUGGAUAGGCUUGUGUCUGUAUAUGAAGCCAAGAGCAGCAGUUUGUUUGGCCAGAUGAAGGAAUACGAAAGGUUAGUCUGGGAA